GUUUGGGGGGGUUCCGUCAGUCACACGAAAACAAACCAAAGAUAAUUUAUGACAUCAGGUCACACGCAUUUCAAUUCCUGGAUGGCGGUCCAGAGUUAAUCCCACUUCCAUGCCGGAUUUCUAAAAAGGGGGCUGACUGGCAAAAAGGACGACAACACCGGAAUGAGGAAAUUGACAAGGGCAAGCAACGUGCAAAAACAAAGUUGUUCAUCGCUGAUAACCAUACAACCUGAUGAACCAGAGGUCACUCCACUGACUCAAGUCUGCCAGAGGUGGUCCGCUUCUCUGUCUCCUCUUCCCGAGACAUCCAAAAGACAGCAGCCCUUUCACGAGCUUUCUGCCUGCAUCCCGGGAUGUCUUUUCUCCUCAUCACAGUGCUGUCUUCACUCAUAGUGCAAGAUGCUGAGGCGUGGGGCGCCAAUGUCAAGUACGCGGUGAACUGCCCCGACAGAUGCAACGUGGAGCGGUGUGGCGGGACACAGCGGUGCACACGGACGGUCCUGGAUGACUGCGGCUGUUGCCAGGUCUGUGCAGCCGGCAGAGGGGAGCACUGCUACCGCACAGUGUCGGGGAUGCACGGGGUGAAGUGCGGACCGGGAUUAUUCUGCGAGUUCUACAAGGAUGAGGACGAUUAUGGAGACGAAUAUGGGAUUUGCAGAGACUGCCUGUAUGGAACCUAUGGGGUUGAGUGCCGCAAGACAUGCAACUGCAAAGAUAGCAUAUGUGACAGGGAGACAGGAGCGUGUCUCACCCUCAAAUUCUUUGCCAAAAUUGCCAGCAAACUCAAGACUGAGCCUCAAGCAGGAGGAGAGGUGGGCUCAGGAGAGGUCAGCACUCCCCAGAACCCAGAUCAACACACGGAAAGAUCUGCCGCUCCAAAGCGGCUCAUCCCUCGCUGACAAGUGCUGACAAGACUGAAUCUAUUCAGUGUAAAUGUAGCAUUAACUUAUAAAUGAACUGAAAGAUAUAUUUUAUUAUGUUAAAUGAUGAACAACUUUUUUACAGCAGUUUGGAAAUUUUAUUUGGUUUUGUUUGGUCCUCGUUUUGACACAAGCAUCUUUUCUAAUGAAAUAAGCAGACUAUGUUGUUCUCUUCAAAUUCUCUGUUCCUCUGUUGGUGUUCAUCAUCCGUUCCUCAAGAUUAUCCUGUAGGCUGUUCCCAUCUGAUUGUCUCAUCUAGUGUGCCCUCACUCAUGCAAUAUUGUUGAGAACAUGAGAGUUAAUGGCACAAGAAAAGGACCUUGCAUUUAUUUUCAAACUGGACACAGCAAUAUCUUUCAUCGAUGCAUUGUAGUCCAACAAAUAUUUUGAAGUUUUCCACAAUGAUAUUUUAUGUGUACUGUAUAUAUGAAAAGCGGACAUGGAAAAUAUCAUGUAUAUGGCACCAGCCAAUGUAAAGAACGCUCUUACAAUAAAACCAAAGUUAUGACUGA